AUGACGAUAAUGGAUCUCAUCAUUCCACGACAUGAUAUCGACCCGAGUGAAAGGCCGAUAGACAGGCCUGACAAUCACAGCCCAAUCCUCAAUGUAUGCUCUUGGUUCCUUGGAGUCUGCAAUAUCGUUACUGUGGUGUCGCGAGUCCUCUCCAAAGCAAUAUAUUCGAAGAACCUAGGCCUUGACGACAUUUUGAUCUGUGUAGCGUUGGUUAGUGGGAAUGUUCAAAGACAGGAUGCGGGUUUACUAAUGGCAAUGCAGGUGUUUUGCAUAGCACAAGUAAUGGCUUUCAGCUAUGGUGUUUACUAUGGCGCUGGGAGACACAUCGAUAAGCUUUCGCAGGAAGAGAUACUGGGCUACCAGAAGGUACAGUAAUUUACUACCGUGUGUUCUAUUUUUAGGAAGCUAUUGACUUUGUAAGGCAAUAUAUGCGUCGAAUAUACUUUGGCAUCAAGCACAAGUCUUUUCGAAGCUCUCGGUUACCUCUUUUGUCCGAACAAUCUCACCUACGCAAUGGAACAAAAAAGGCUCGACCGUUGUGUAUGGGAUCACCGUUGUGUGGGGUAUCACUGCCCUUUUGAUAUUGGCUUUUCGAUGCAACACCCCCAAUACUUGGCAAACGAUAGGGAAUGUUUGUUUAGAUAUUCACUACGUCUGGGGUUAUAUCAACUCGAUGAACAUUGCAAUCGAUCUGCUUCUCAUUGGUUUACCUUAUUCCGUCCUAUGGAAAAUCAAGCUCCCACCCCGAAAGAAAAUUCUGGUGUUUUCUUUCUUUGGUGCGCGUAUCAUGUGAGUCUUUUUCUUCUUGCUGCGCGGUAGAAAGCAAUAACUGACUGGCUCCAUACAGCGCUGUAGUGGCGAUAGGAUACCAGGCGUAUCGAACUUACGCCUUGACGGAAACCAAUGACCCCUCGGACGAUGUAACCUUCAAUAUGUGGAUUGUUCACUUGACAAUGUCUAUUGCGCAAACUGCGGAUAUUGUAACUGCUUGCGUCCCAUUUCUGAAGCCUCUUGUAGAUGGGUUGGAAUCUGGCAUGAUACGAACCAACGAUUUUCGCCCUCGAACAUUAGCGGUGGGGACGUCAAGACAUGGCACAGUAAACCCGGAUACGAGAAGAAACCCGGAGGGGUAUUUCAGUCACAAGUGGAGGGCUGUUACGCGAAGAAGGAGCGGAAGUGGUAGUAGCGUGUUGGUUAUGCCCCGCGGUAGAUAUGCGUACGCAAUGGAGCCGAUUUAUAGCGGGACAAGCAAUAGUCGUACGCUGAGGAAUAGUAUUGAUACCUCUACGACGGUUGGAGAUGGAAGAUGUCAAGAACAUGACUGGUGCGGCAUUCAAAGUCACUCUAGUCAAGGAAAUAUGGACGGAUAG